UUAACUAACGUUUAACAUAGACAGGGAAUAUAUGCAAUUGGACCAACCAGACGAAGUAGUAAUUUGCUAUUUUGCUUAUAAACAUUUGUAUCAAGUCAUCUUUAUAAAAGUGAAUGUCAAGUUUUAUGGAUUGUGUUUUUCUCGCCUCGUCUAAAAAUAGCAAAAAGCGAUGUGUUUGAGUUAGACCCAAUACAAAAUACAAAUGUAUACGGAUUACGGAUUAGAAGAAAACCGUCUACAGAGUUAAGCGUUUAUGGAGAGUUAAAAAAUACGAAAAUGCCAGUAUCCACAAAACAGGAAGAACUCACGAUUUCAUUCCUCGUCAGUACAAGAAAUGCAAUACCGAUGGAUGCCGUCGACGUAAUGUUCCUUUUCCGACUCGUGCAGAGUGGACUCAUUUUCAUGGCGAUGGCCGCCGGCAUUGUUUGCCUCUGGCAUAUCUUCUACUUUCGGCGGAAAAGCUGUGCUAACUCCGGCACCAUCUUUGGUAUUGUUUUUGCCGGUUUCGUGCACCUGAUUAUAUGUGUGCGCAUGUUAUCAAUAGCCGAAGAGCCAGUGGUUUUACCUAACCAAGCACCGGCUCAUUUGUGUUUGGACUACACUAUUCAGGCGUUGUAUGCGAAUUCGAUUGUCUAUAUUUUUAUUUUGCAUAAUUUAAUUUUUAACCAUGCACAAACGACAGUUGGAGCUUUGUUUAUCUGGAUAUUGUCAAUUGGCUCCAUAUAUACUGGUCUCGUAUUGAUAUGGGAUACGUCAGGUGCACAGGAUGUGGCACAUUUGAAUCAAAGGAACUUCCUGUCCUUCACGGAUUCUCCAAAAGGUCGCCUUGAGGCAUUCGUGUCAGUCUGCGAGAAACACCUUUCCAGCGAAAUUACAAAUGUGAUGAUCGAGUACUUGAUAUUAUACCUUCCGGUUAUAAUCAUAGUGACGUGGGCGCUAGCAAGGAACUUCAUGCAAACAAGAGAAGUGUCCAUGCUGAAGCUGGAUAUCCUUUCAAACAAAGAAUGCGUCACGAAUUCAAAAACCUGCGACUGUGUGAAACUUAACACUGUUCUGGUUGCCGUUUUGGUCAACUCUGCUAUACUGCUGUUUCUAGCGAAGCCGGGAUACAUGCUGUAUGCGUGCUUAACCUCGGGGUACUUCCGGGAUAUAAUUCCGAACAGUACGAACAGAACCCCCUCGCGAGUGACUGGUGACGAGUCGAGAAUCAAUAGGGUGGAUUCUAAAGCUCUAACGAAAAAGAAGGCUAUGCAGGCGAAGUUGAAGAAAAAGCCAGCCGUCAUGUAUGGACACUCGAACGCAGUCCGCCAGUUGCUUGAGGGACAGGUAGGAACACGUCCGGCGCCGUAUCCGUUACCACAGAGGCCCACACAACCGUCGAUUGGUUCUUUUCGUGGCUACUCUGGAUGGGGUCCCCAGCUCGGGUCAUGUUUUGCGUGUGGACAGUUAGGUCACUUCCGGCGGACGUGCCCCAACACCAGAGGUCAGCAAGAGAGCGCUCAGGCCAGGAAGUAG